AUGCAGAGGAGAUGUGCGUCGAGAUUACCUGACGCCGUUGUUGUUUCGAGUGCUAUUCCUCAAGACAAUGUGGAGAUUUUGUAUGCAAACUCGGUUGGAGUUCCCGUGAUAGGGGGUGAAAAUUGCUUUGAGUUUUGCUGGUACAAGCGAGACCAUUGGUUAGGACAGCUGACACAGGGCUACAAUCUUAUUGCUGUAAGCGGUAGCCAUGGAAAGAGUACAACUGCAAGUAUGCUUGCUUAUGUUCUAGACGCCAUGGGUGAUAGUCUUACAGCUGUAGUUGGAGCUCACGUGCCACAGUUCUCGGGUGGAAACAUUAUCUUGGGAGAUGGUAAAAAUUUUGUGCUAGAGGCUGAUGAAUAUGAUGGUUGCUUCCUGGGACUAUCACCUUAUAUAGCUGUUGUAACAAAUCUGGAUUGGGAGCAUGUUGAUAUUUUCCAAAACGAGGAAGCAGUUAAAGCUACUUUCCAUAAAUUCCUGAAUCUAAUCAGGCUGACUGAUGUAAAGCAAGCAAGUGGAUCAGAUACUUUGAGCGGUCUAAUGCAUUCUCCGCUAGAAAAAUGUUGCAUUGGCUACAACAUAACGACUUAUGGAACUACAAGUUCUAAUGAAUGGAGUGCAUCAUCAAUUAGGCCAAAUUUAAAGGGUGGUAGUGAUUAUACACUGUGUCAUUGGGGGCGCUCAGUGGCAGACAUCAGUCUAGAGGUUCCAGGAGUUCAUAAUGUCCUAAAUUCACUAGCAGUUAUUGCCACUGUGAUAGCAUUAUACAAUAACCAACGUGAAAUUAACAAUACAAUAAAUGGUUUGUGGUUGCAUUUGAACAAUUUUAUAGGCGUUUCAAGACGUUUUGAGAUGAUUGGCACAAUAUGUGGAUGCGAUAUAUAUGAUGAUUAUGCCCAUCAUCCAAUGGAAGUUCAAGCAGUUAUUCAAGCUGCCCGCCAGAAGUUCCCUAUCAAGUCUCUUUUAGUUGUAUUUCAGCCUCAUACUUACAGUCGUUUAGCAGCACUGAAGGAUGAUUUUGCCAGUGCCCUCUGUGAUGCAGAUCAAGUUGUAGUUACAGAGGUUUAUGCUGCUAGAGAAAUAGAUGUUGGGAACGUUGGUGGAAGGGAGUUAGCUGCUUCUGUAAUCAGCCCGCCAUCCGAAUACAUCCCUCUGGGUGAUGUGGUAGAGAGGUUGGUAUAUCAGAUAUGCAAGAACCCUCAUCAUGAUACCAUUGUCUUAACACUUGGAGCAGGUGAUAUAACAACAGUGGGGCCAAAGCUGCUCUAUGAAUUGCGAAGAAGAUUACAAGUAAACUCUAACCAGAUACCCCAAACUGGAGAUGGAAAAUAUGGUAACCACUAA